CAGCUUCCCAAUAUGCCUAUAGAUGAAUUUCCAACAGUUGACCCCGAUGAAGAUCUCACGCAGGUAAGUGUUUAUAUUAAAACAAUAAAAUGGAAAAUCAAACAACUUUUUUGUAUGUAGAUAUUACCUAUUCAACAAAAACGUACCAUCACGUUUGUAAAUCAUUUUAUAAUGAAAACCGUAUCAUUUCUGAAUCAGUUUGCCCAAUCUUGUGAAUCACGCUUUAUGGAAUUGGAACACAAAAUCCAGAAAAUUGAAGCUUCACUACUGAUCCUGGAAUCUCAAUUGUCAUCAAUACCUGGUUUAGAAGGUCAAAUAUCUUCUUCCACUGAACAUGCAGAGAUAAAACAAAAUGAAAAUAUUUCUUCAACAGAGGUUUCUGAUGCAGAAAAACCUGAAGACAAAGUAGAAUUUGAUUCAGCAAAUGUUACAACUGAUCCGGCUAAAACCGAACCUGAAGGCAGCAAAGCCAAAGAUGAUCCAAGAUAUUCAAAAUUUUUUAAAAUGUUACAUGUUGGAGUACCAGAGCCAGCUGUCAAGUUAAAGAUGAAAAAUGAGGGUGUGAAUCCAGGAAUACUUGAUAAACCAGAUCAGGUUAUUCCGGAAUAAGUGCAUCCACAGUCUGACUAGAUAUCUAAGUGUAAAUUAAUCUUAUUAUAAACAAAAUCAUAAAAUUGAUAUUUUUAUGUUUUUAUAAUUAUAUAAUUCAAUAAAACACGUUUUUAUAAGUUUAUCUAUUUAUUUUACUUAACGUUAACAACUUAGAACUGAAUCAUCUGUCCCUUCCUCUUUUUGUCACCACCAAGUUCAAAGUGCUUGCAACGUUUCAAAGGAAUCUGCUUCCUGUAUUUGCAGUCUGUACAUUCCAUC